UCGGAUUAUCACAUCAAGACCUUUCCGUCGGAUUAUCACAUCAAGACCUUUCCGUCGGAUUAUCACAUCAAGACCUUUCCGUCGGAUUAACGCAACACGACCAUCAUCGGAUUAACACAUCAAUGCUGUCAUCGGAUCAGUCAGUGAUCAGAACGGCUUUCGUAUCAUUUAAAUAAGUUGUUUUUCAGGGGGGAAAUAACCUAAAACAAAAGUUCGAUAACUCUCGUUUAGGAUUGAACGUGGCCACAGUUUACGUGCUCUUGAUAAACGUGAAGCGUAUUUUUUGGGGUUGUCCCAACUAAAUAAGAGCCUAUAUCUAGGUUACUUUGUAUAAGAGCCUAUAUAUAGGUUACUUUGUAUAAGAGCCUAUAUAUAGGUUACUUUGUAUAAGAGCCUAUAUCUAGGUUACUUUGUAUAAGAGCCUAUAUAUAGGUUACUUUGUAUAAGAGCCUAUAUAUAGGUUACUUUGUAUAAGAGCCUAUAUCUAUGUUACUUUGUAUAAGAGCCUAUAUAUAGGUUACUUUGUAUAAGAGCCUAUAUAUAGGUUACUUUGUAUAACAGCCUAUAUAUAGGUUACUUUGUAUAAGAGCCUAUAUAUAGGUUACUUUGUAUAAGAGCCUAUAUAUAGGUUACUUUGUAUAAGAGCCUAUAUCUAGGUUACUUUGUAUAAGAGCCUAUAUAUAGGUUACUUUGUAUAAGAGCCUAUAUCUAGGUUACUUUGUAUAAGAGCCUAUAUAUAGGUUACUUUGUAUAAGAGCCUAUAUAUAGGUUACUUUGUAUAAGAGCCUAUAUAUAGGUUACUUUGUAUAAGAGCCUAUAUAUAGGUUACUUUGUAUAUGAGCCUAUAUAUAGGUUACUUUAACUCAUUGAAAGAAAUUCGGCUAAUUUGGAAAAAUAGCACCCUGGCGUCAUUUGCGUGUUUUCUCCCUGCUUCCGAUAGGGUCAAAUCCCUGAUUUCGAUAGGGUCAAAACCCAGGUUAGCGAUAAGUUUAGGGAAUCAGGUUAGGUUUAGGGAUACAUUUAGGACAUAAGUUCGUGGGUCGCGGCAACCAAGAUGGCGGCCACGGUGCCAUCUCUCCAAAUUUACCAGAAAUUCAAUUCUGAAGCUAAAAUUACAUUUUAAGCUUAUAAAUAAUUAUUGGGAGGAAAGCUGGUAUUCUCAAGAACAUAGGUAGCACUUGUAAAAAUUUCCUAGUCAUAGUAUCGAUCCUCAACAUCAUUGAGGCUGUUGACUGAUGAUUGCGGCAGUGUCAAAAUUGCCCAGCUUGGUGGUCGUUUUCUUAACGAAACAAAGUGUCCUCCAUUAGAUACAUCUACCCAUUAAACUGAUAACCGUGGCGAAGUUACCGAACUUACAAUAUUGUCGAUAGGAAGAGUGUAAAAGUUAAAACUGUUCCUUAAACAGAAUUCAAGACAAAAUACAGACUUUUUUGUGACUCCCAGAGAAGAAGUAGAGGACAAUGAGUAUGAGUUUCACAGACAAGUUUUCCGGUAAGAAUUUGGUGUUCAUUAUUUAUUAGACGCACGCGUCUGCAAUGUACCGCUCCUAAAAUAGUAAUACUCGCCAGUGCGCAAAGGACGGUGUGCAUACCACUGCACUAUCUCCGAGAACUGUGCGCAUGAGUGGGGUAUUACGUCCAAAUUUCGUUUGCGCUCAAAAUAGUAUGGUCUCAAUGUUGAAGUUUACUUUCUUAAAAGAUCAGCAGCUUUCUUUUGCCCCUUCUUUCUGGUGAGUAAUAUUAGCGAUAUUUAUAUAUAUAUAUAAAGCAUGUCGGUUCGCCUCCUCCCUCCCCUUCUCCCCUGAUAUCUUCUCUAUGCUAAUAUAUCUAAUCUAUAAGCCAAGCACAUCGCUUGGGGGAAAUCGAGACACACGUCGGGCGUUCAAAUCAAGCCAAAAAGUUUUGAGUUUUACAAGUGGCUCUUAGCACUGACGUUGUUUCCUCUGAAUGAGUCCACCAUAGAGGAAACAGUUGAAGGUAGGCUAUUAAGUUAGGAAGGUUGCAGCUGUUGAUUUUUUUACACCAAACCGAUUAUAUAUAUGCAUAUAUAUAUGUAAUUAGGUUACCAAAAUCAAUCAAUAUAUAUAUAUAAUCUAUUUGCAUUACAAAAUCAAUCAAUAUAUAUAUAUAUAAUCUAUUUGCAUUACAAAAUCAAUAUAUAUAUACAUAUAAUGUCGAUUCGUUUCCUUUAGAGUGUUGUUUCUUUUAACUGUGAGAGCCAUUGCUAGAAAGCCCCUGGGUCUCUGGUGGAGUAGAGGCUGGGAACACUUGCUGUAGAACAGUUAUAUGCAAAAACUUGUUUGUUAGUAUGGCGUCCAAUGUCAGUUUGCUAGCUUUUCUCAAAUUUAGUUUAAAAUCAUCAAAGUUGAGUUGCUUCCCGGUAAGCUACAGAACGGACACGUCUUUUUUGUUCGCAGCUCUAUCUCAAUGUUCCUUUUAAUUUCACUUAGUUGAUGGUACCUCCUCUUUCCUAUUCCAAAAUACAUGUGCAUGGUCAGUGAAGUAGCCAUGGUUAGUGCCACCCCAAGGUGGGGGUCAAGCUUUUUUCCGCCUCAUUCCACGAACGAAUUCUCCAGGCGGCCAAAAAUGCCGCCCCUCAAUAAAAUGAAAAAAAAAAGUUCCGCCAGGGACGGAACGCCCCACUUCGCAUAUCCGCCCCCACCCUUUUUUUUUCCUAGGCCACUGAGCCUAUUCUAAAUUGUUUCAUUGCUGUCAAAACCAAAAUUAGGACUACCCGGUCGUAUGAUAGAUCCAACAAUCGACGCGGAACUUCAUGGUUAUAGUUUUUUUGUUUUUUUUUUAAAUAAGGCUAACACAUAGGCAUUUCGACAUUUUUUUUUUUUAAAUUACCUGUAAUCUAAUUAUCAGCUUCAGGUGACGUGGUCUACCAGUCACGAAGUCUGGUACAGAGGGACAAAGGGACAACACGGCCGUCACGUUCUUCCCAUGACCUCUGUUACACGAGGAAUGAAAGUGUGGACGGAAGUGAUCAUUUCUGGCCGGCCAAAUCGUAUAAUGCUGACAGAAUUUACGAAUCGGUGACAUUGUUCAGAUUCGUGCGAAGAAAGUGGGGCCGGGGGUGGGGGGGGGGGGCGGGUGAUAGCGCGUUGUUUUUAAAAACCUAAUUGGAGCUUCAGAAAAAGAGUAGAAAAUAGUCAUGAUGCAAACCUGUACAAGUGUCAAAGAUAUGUAAACCUGUACAAGUGUCAAAGAUGUGUAAACCUGUACAAGUGUCAAAGAUGUGUCAACCUGUACAAGUGUCAAAGAUGGCUUCACGUUUUCCGCUCCACCCCCUCAUAACUCACCAGCUAUCCUUCUUUUGUAGAUCCUUUAUUAUUAAUUUCGCGUUUGUUCGUGUGUGACUCCAAAAUCUUCGGAAGGGUGUUGACAGACUUAACGUCAUCCCAUCGAGCUGAAAAUUUGUCUUGUUGCCGAUUGCAAUGUCAUUCUAUCAAACUAUCAGAGUUGUUGCGCGAAGCCGAUGACCAUGUUUUAAAUUCACCCCAGGCCGGUUGAGCCGGCUGCUGGUUUUACAUGUUGUCACACACGCACUUAAAACUCUGGUUGAGAACCUGACCUGCGGCCUGACAGGCCGUAAUUGUGUGGCUUCUUAAAACCAAAGCUGUCGCAGUGGCUUUACAUUAAGGCCUGUUCUUGGGUUUAUUAGGUAUACUUUUAAGUCUUUAUAAUAUAUAGUGUUUUUUUUUAACUGUGUUAACGUAGCUGAUGUUAGUUCUCUUUCAUUUUUCUUAAAUACGUUCCUUACAUCGGCCAUUCAGCUCAUCGUUCAGUGAUUCGUCAGUUUCGGAGAAGCAAAUUCUUUGGUGUGUUUCUUUCUAUUUUUUGUUUGGACGGUGUUUUCAGUGGCGAACCUUGACUAAAUAAUACCCGGGGCGAACUCUCAAAAUUGCGCCCCUCUCUCUUCCCCCCCCCCCCGUAAAUUAUCAGUACAGUGGAUCGUUGAUUUUCCGAAGGAUGAUUAUCAUAAUACUUUGUUUAUCCGAACCGUCCCUGUCUUUUAUAAUUAUUAUUAUCGGAUGCAUUGCGUAUGGCAUAGAUGAGAAACGAUUUUAAAAAAUAAUUUUCUUUAUUGAUCCAAAUAAAUGGAUUUUGUUUAUUACAUAUUAAUUUUCAGCACAUACUUAAUUUAUUACUUACAAAAACAUUUUGUGAAAAAAAAAAAAACUAGAUGAAUUUCAACACAUGACAUCUAGAGAAUUUCUCAGCCGCAAAAAAUAGGCGGCCAUAUUCACCCCUUCGACAGCUUCGCUCCUCCGCAGACGCGGGUAUUCUUUCUGUCCCCAAGACUCGCACAAAAACAUUCGGUGAACGAUCUUUCUCUUUCUGUGCACCCAAACAAUGGAAUUCUCUUCCAUUACACAUCCGCAAUAUACCGACCAUCACAACCUUCAAAACUGCACUCAAAACACAUCUAUUUAAACUCUACUAUCCUGCCUGAUUCCCACCUCUGACCGUAAAACGGUGGUACUGAGUGUCGUCCAUGGCUUGAGAUGUAAAUAGUUUUAUAUAUACAUUUGUAUUGUUUUAUUUAAUUAAUUGUUUCAGAUUUUUAUUAUGUUUGUUCAAUUGUAUGUACAGCGUGGUGAGCCCAGCCCUAGGCUGUAUGUGCAGCGUGGUGAGCCCAGCCCUAGGCUGUAUGUACAGCGUGGUGAGCCCAGCCCUAGGCUGUAUGUACAGCGUGGUGAGUUCAGCCCUAGGCUGGGGUACCACGCUAUAUAAAACCACGUAUAAUAAUAAUAAUAAUAAUAAUAUACCUUGAAACGUCACUCCCUUGGUGGCGUACUAAACUUUAUUUAGAUUUUGUAACCGAUGGUAGAUCAAGAUGUUAUAUUCCGACAGACUUGUGAACAAGAUAUUUUUUUAUAACUUCCGGUCCUAACUUUAAUGGAAAGAUUCCCCCCCCCCCUGAUCAAGGUGAGCUUAAGUAUCCGUGAUGAAGAAGGGGGGAAGAAUUGUCCAAUUAUUUUGUUCUAAACAGCAUUUUUCUUCAGAUAGUUCUUCAAAGGAAGGUAGUUGUGUUGGCGUGAUACUACUAGGUGUUUUGAUAUGCCUAUUUGAUAAGGCGUUGGAUAUCAGACGAGGUAGUCCUACACCGGCAAGUAAAACUUAAGUUCAGUAGGCUUCCAAUAGUAUACGUUUUUUAAGAUAAAAAGUAUUUGGUGCACUUUUUUUUUUAAUACAGCGAGCCACGUUUAUGCCAUGUUAGAUUAUUAUUAUUAAUGGUGAGGCCUAGGUACUUAUAUUUAAAUGUCUCUGCUUGCUCUAUAUGGUCUCACUGAAUACAAGUGAUGGUUGUAUUAAAAUAUAUGUAAGUAGGUAGAUAUUGGUAACAAUGAUGUAUCUGCUUUCUGAUCAUUUCUUAUUAAUUUCCUUCGUGUUCUUUUCUUUUUUUUUUAGAAGAGGGAGCAGGAAGAGUGUUAAGAGAAUCUUUGAUCGAAAAAUAAGAAACUUUCCAUUCUUAAAAUAAUUGGACUAUAUUUUAAGUUCUUUGGUCUAGCAAACUUGACUUAACUAUAACUUAAAGAUACGAAAAUGUAUAAAAACCUUCGGAUACAUAGAAAUCUACAUGUGCUUGACCGACUUCUCUAUUUUCUGCAUAGAAUGCAAUGCUCUGAAAAUGCCACUGUACAACCUCAUACGUUUAGCUGUCACUGACAGUAGGCCCUAUUGUUAUAUUAGGCAAUACAGCUUCUACAGUUGUCAAGGGUUCUCAGACCUAUUAUCAUCAGCAGUGGCACUACAGCCCAUGUAGGGCCCUGGUCUGCUCCAACACAUCCUUCCAUUCGGAGCGAUCCAUGGCUUUCCGCCUCCAUGGGUGAACCCCCCAACUGUUUCUCAGACCUAUUAGAUCGAAGUAAACCAUUGUAUCUGAACAAAAUACAUGCUUGAAAAACUGAUUAAAAAUUUUCUAACAAACCAUUAAGUCGAAUCAAUGAUGACAUUUUGAUUGUUUGACAAAAAAAGCAUCAAUCACUCAAAGUAUCUUUGAUACCACCUUGGAGCUUAGCUUUAAAAACUGUUAAAACAUUAUGAUUAUGCCAGAAGUUACUGGUCUCUGAUUUGCCUCCAGCCCCCCUUUUUUUCUCAUCGUAAAGUAAAUUAGAUCUAUCCGUUUAUGUAUAGACAUAAAUAUUCGCUGUUAACAUCCACGGAAAAAUUGAAUUAAGUACUGCCCAUUAUUUGUUAGUACUACUGAAAACAGGAAAUCGAUAAGUAGCCUACAUCAAAUUGUGUUUCAGUUUCUGACUGAAGCGAAUUCUAUUUUCUUUACAUUAUUUUUUUAAGAAAUGCAUUUAAGUUUGUCCAGCAUUUCCAAUUCAUUAACAAAUUUAGUUCAUUUGAGCUCAGUCUGGUGGUCACAUUUUUGUAAAAAUUUGUUAGGAAGCAGUUUAUUUUGGAUGUAAAUCUAUUUAUAGAAUAAACAUAACAUGGGAGGAUUUAUCAACAUGUGGUAUAGCUAGGGUUGCCAUAUCUAGCCUGGACAUCGUCGGGACACUCUGGAAUGGGGGUGUAGAAAUGAAGUAAAAAAAUGAUUUAAUAUAAUUAUUUAUAAGGUCCAUAACGGAGACAGUUCCGAUAAAUCGGGACGGAUGGCAACCCUAGGCAGGGUUUCUUUCAGCUAUAUCUCCAGGGGGGGGGGAGCACUGUCCCCCGGGGAAAGCCAAGUGCCCCCCCCCCGGGCGAAAAUAUGUCCAACAAUAAAUCAACUGGCACCCCCCCCAAAAAAAAAAAUCUGAAGUGACCGCCCCAUCUGUGCAUAGGGUUUCAGAGGUCCAGGACAACAAAUGUUUUUGUUUUGUUGUCUUUUUUAAUAAAAAAAAAAACACUUCCUUCCUUGUCUUACCCCCAUGUGCAAUGAUUUCAACAAUAUCAUUAUGGUUCGCGAUGAAUUUAUUGCGUCACAAAAUGGAUGUUGCCAAAGAAAACGUGUUCAUUUUUUUUCGAUUUAAGUUUUUUUUUUUAAACAAACAAUUAUAUGUAUUAAAUUUGUGUUACGUAUAUCAGCAAAACAACAUGAUUGAUUUCUAGACAUUAACAAUGCGGCAAGUCUAGACCAAUAAAUAUGUUGACCUGAUGUGUGUGUGUGUGUGUGUGUGUGUGUGUGUGUGUGUGUGUCAGUUUCAAGCCACUGUCAUUGAAAGUAGACACUGUCAGUGACAGUCUCAAUGUAAGUCCUGAUCCAAAUAAUCAGGCUUACACACAUACACACACACACACCCUCACCCCACCCCUUCCUUCCUCUUGUGAGCGUUCCAAGAGGAUCUGACAGAGUUGUCUUUCGUUUCUGAGUAGCCUUGCCUCCCACAGUUAAUGAAAAUGCACCAUUACGUAAGCAUUAAGUUAUAGGGUCUAAGUUAUCAACAUCAACAGAACCGUUGAAAUUCCUUCACCGGGUAAAACAUAAAUCAUUGAAGUCAGCUUGGGAACCUUGUCACCCCCAAAAAUAGUUCACCUGAUGGCGUUGGAGUUUCUUCUCUGCUCCCACACCCUACACGGCCUUCCCCCACACCCCCCCACACCCCCCACUUUGCUGCUUCACUUGCUCGACAACAUUGUUUGUCCGGAUCUUCUGCCCCGUCUGGACUAUCUCCCCUUGCCAGUUUUUUGUAGCGCUGCUCUUCUUAAAUUUUUUUUUUUGUUUUCUUGCUCCAAUAUCCACCUUUCUUUUCUCUCCCCUUUUCUCUCUCUCUCUGUCUCUCUCUCUCCCCCUUUCUUUUUCUGAUCAUAUCUCUUUUUCCCUAUCACUCUCUUUCUCACUAGCAAUCUCUUUCUCACUUUUUAUCUCUGUCUCUAUCUGCCUCCCUCUAUUUAUGUCCUUUUCCCUCUUUAUCUCUUUGUCAUUGUCUGUCUUUCUCUUUGCCUCCCUUUCUUUCUCUCUCUCUCUCUCUCUCUCUCUCUCUCUCUCUUCUGAUCUUAUAUCUAUAUUUUUCCCUAUCGCACUGACUUAGCCUUCCUUUCUUUUUCUUUUUUCUCUCUCUCUCUCUCUCUCUCUCUCUCUCUCUCUCUCUCUCUCUCUCUCUCUCUCUCUCUCUCUCUCUCUCUCUCAUUCUCCAUCACUAGAUCUACAUUUCACAUUUCUGUGUGCAUCUUUAGAUUUGUUGUCGCGUGCCUCUUGUUUGUUGUCGCGUGUUUGCGCAGAUUACUUUGAGAUCCACUUGAUCUUUGUGGGCUGGCCAUGCAGAGCUCAUCUCUGGCCAUUAGGUCUUUCCCCGCCCUCUGCUGGCAAAGCAUGUCUCAACUCCCGUUCACGGAGAACCCUUUGUAAACUGUGCCAGCAAAGUAUCCCUACAUUGGACACAAGCACGUUUACUAAAUUUUCACCCAAAAGAACACACACAAAAAGCAUACAUUUAUUGAAUAUUUUAUUGGGACGUGAGAAAAUACCUGUCAACUUACGAAAUAAAAUUAUUUGUUCCCCAAAUAUAGCUGAUCAUGGGCGCCCGCAGAAAACUUUCUAGGGAGGGAGGGGGGGGGGCACAAAAAAUCGAUUAACUUUCCAGGGGGGGUUGAAAAUUUUUAGUAAUGAUUUAAUGUAGUUUUAAUUUCCUGUAGCGUAUUUGUAUGGUGAACGAACGGACAUGACGUCAGCUUAGUUACUUUCUCUUUAUUUUCUCUUUACUUUCAUACUUUUUUUGUCUAUUUUUGUCUAAAAUUUUUUUAUCCAAUCGAUUCAGGGGGGGGGCAAGUGCCCCCCUUGCCCCCCCCCCUACGGGCGCCCAUGUAGCUGAUGCAAUGUAUUGAUGCAGAUUUUAAACGUGUACACGUAUUUUAAAAGGUUAGUUACUAUUAUUUCACUGAAUGCUCAGAUCUAUAUUUAUCUCGAUUUAAUUUCUUGCAAACUAGUUAUAAAGAAGAAAAAAAAAAGAAUUGUUUUAGAGAAGCGUUGAGACGCAGGCAGCGCAGAAAACAUGUCAAAAGCGCAAUGCAAAGAUUGCCGUGGUAUUUUUUUUUUUUUAAAUUACUCAAUAAAUUCAGACGAAGCACAAAGUUAAAGCAACAUAUUCCAAGAUUUUGAUCAAAGAAUGUACCUGUAGCUAAUGUGAUUCUUUCGCGUGAAUUCGACUUCAGCUCUCUAUUCCCGAGUAGCGAAUUGUAAUGGCAACGGCUUCUUGCCAAAGUCCGGCAAGACUGCCCUCAUUCAUUUCGUCUCUCUUGUCAAAAUAACAUUAAAAGUUUGCAGUGUAAACAUCAAGAGAUAAAUAGCUUCAAUCUUUGCCGCUCUAAAUUUUAAAUUAAUAUUAUUUCGGUAUGUUUGCCGCACUCUUUCUCCGAAUAUUUAAAAACAAAACCAAAUCAUGUUUCAAUCUCGUAUCCUCGUUAUUUUCUGAUAGCUAUAAAGUUAUUCCUAUGAGCCGAGGAUUAAACAGCACAGCAUUGUUGUUUCAUUUUUGUUUGUGUUGUGUGUGUGUUUGGUUGGUGCUGCAACAGGACAGCGUUGUUACGUUGAGACACUGGCCACUUGCUCGUCCUUCCCGUCUGAAGUUUGCCGUAACAUAACAUUUUGGUGUGUUCAAUCAAAGCUCUGUGCCCAGGGGGGCCCAAUCGAUGGCAUCUUGUUUUGGUGGACCUUGCAGACGAUGAGAAAAAAGCGCGGUAAGAAGCUUUCAUCACCUUAACUUCAUUCACCUGUCUUUUUAGAUAUAGGUGUCAUCAUAGCUCUUAGGUGUCAUCAUAGCCCUUAGGUGUCAUCAUAGCUCUGAUGUAAGUCAAAUUGUGAUUUAUUUAGUUCAACAAAUUGAAUACUUUUUUAUUUAAGGUAAAUUAUUUAUGUUACAUAGAUUAAAUGAAAUGUUUACGUGUGUGAAAUCAAAAACUCAUUUUAUAAAAUUUUAAUUUCAUCUUUACAUAUAAUAUAUUUAUUCAUAUAUUAUUUAUCAUAUCAUUUAUAUGGCUUAUAUUUGUUGGUUCAGGUUUUUCCAACCUUUCUUAACUGUGCAACCCCUAUGAUUGUAUGACUAGGUCUCGCACCCCCCCCCCAUGAUUGUAUGACUAGGUCUCCCAACCCCCAUGAUUGUAUGAGAUCGGAGAGCACCCCCCCAUAGUUGUAUGACUAGGUCUCGCACCCCCCAUGAUUGUAUGACUAGGUCUCGCACCCCCCCCCCAUGAUUAUAUACAUAUAUAUCUAGAUACUUCUUUAAAAAUUAGGAAAGUCUGUCCAAUUUACUAUUUCCGAAAUGUAAAUUUAUGUGACUUGGAAUAUUUCUGUAAUUUAUUUUUUGAGGAAGCAAAACAUAGAGACCCGAUUCAGUUACAUACGUAAAAAACCUGAAUUUUUAGUUGAUGAUGCUUCGCAAUAGCGUGUAGAAAGAAGUGGAAUAUGCCUUUCAUUAUAACUCCGGAAACACCGGGUAAUAUCUUCUAGUGUAUAACAUACGAUAAGAUUAUUUUAUUGAUACAAAUAAAUGAACAUUUUUCUUUUAUUACAUUGUGCAAAACAGUUUCAGCACAUAGAUAAAUAUAAUGACAAGGACGAACUUUUUAAAACUAGAACAAUUUUAAUGCAAGAGAUUUGAAGUAUUUCUCAAAAGCGAAAAUCAGCCGUCGUGGGCCAAAGAACUUCAAUCCCUUAGUGACAGUAUAAAAUUUAAGAGUGAUGAUUGAGAUUUUGUAAAAAUUGGGCAAACGCGCGUAAAUUAUGAUAGCUCGGAGGAAAAUAAACAAUUUUUAUAUGUUUCAGUCCUAACAUCUUUAGCUGAUGUUAAGUAUCUGCAAUCUGGGAGGUGGGGCGUAUCUUACAAAUAUUUUUAGUUUUAUCCUUUUUUUUUUUUAGUCUACAAAUGCAAAUUGCUUCGAAUAAUUCUUCAAACGAUGGGGUAAUUUUGUUUGAAGGAUAUUUACUUGCUUUUAUGGUGUCUAUUUAAUUGGUGUUUGCCGAGAUACGAUGAAUUCCCACAACAGCAGAUAAUGCUGAAGCUCUUUAGGCUUCUAAAUGUUGCAUUGUAGAAUAAAUUUAAAAUGUAAGAAGUUGUUGUUGUUUUUUUUGUUCGACAAAAAACGUGUUUGGUUCAUUGUUUAAAAUAAAAUUUGGCCUUUGUCAUUCCACGUUAACUGAUUAACAAUGGUCAAACCUACAGAGGCGUGGCGUGGUGGGGGCAGGGGGGACAGAUGUCCCCGGGCCUCAUAUAGUUAGGGGCGCCAAAAUGUGCUUUGAUAUUAUUUUAUUGAUGAAAAUAAUGGGUUUGAGAGUUGAAAAAAAAAGAAAAAGGGGCGCUAAAAAUGGAUCUUGUCUCCGGGCGCGAAUCUUGUCCUCCGGGGUGCCAAACACCCUCGCUACGCCACUGCAAACCUAGGUACGCAUAUGUCUCUACUUGAUGUGUACUGCGAUUGUUGUUAUUAUUGCUAGAUCUGCAAUUCGGUGAGCCUCCCCCCCCCCCUCCACGAAUAGACAAAACAUUUAAACAUUUAUUUCAAAUAACAUUAUUACCCAGAAACCCUUACCUCUUUAGUGUCCUGCGAUUGUUGUUAUUAUUGCUAGAUCUGCAAUUCGGUGAGCCUCCCCCCCCCCCCUCAACGAAUAGACAAAACAUUUAAACAUUUAUUUCAAAUAACAUUAUUACCCAGAAACCCUUACCUCUUUGUCUUUUCAUCCCCUUACGAUCACUGCCAUACGACCCAUCGUUUUUUUUUUCCCCCAGACACCAGCACACGACAAGGCAGCGAGCUGGCUACCACAUACUUCUCCUACAGUGGACCUACCGCCCUGGACACCAGUAUCGUGAGCCCCGUCCCCGGGCCUGGUAGUCACCAUGGUCAUAACAGUAGGAAGGCUUCCAUCCGCUCUUUUUAUAGGUGAUAAAAAAAUAUAUAUUUAUUGGACAGAUUCAAAGCAUACCAAAAAUUUACGAAUUCAAUCCAAGAUUACCAAAGUGAUACAGAUGCAAUCCAAAUUAUACCCAAAACAAUACGAAGUUCAAUCCGAAAUAUACCUAAAGUGUACAAAGUCAAUAUAAAAUAUACAAAAAGUAUACGGAUUAAAUCUAAAAUAUACCAAAAGUAUAAGAAUUCAACAUAUUUAAAAAUGUACCCUGAUUCAAUUUAAUAUCGUUAUCCCAAAUAGUAUAAGUAUUUACUCAAACAAUAAUAAUUUUAUUUUUUGAUGGUCUACUAGGUUUAAGACUGAGAUGCAUAGACAGAGAUCGUUAUGAUAACCUCACCAUAUAUUUCAGCAUCUCUCAACCCAGUCUAGGUCAUCGUGUGAAAGAUAUACAACUUUAACGAGUCAAGAAUCGAGAAAACACAUUUUGUGGAUCGCAAUAUUUUUUUAUUUUUUUUUGGGGGGGGGAGGGGGGGGGAUAAAAAAAUAAUUUUGGGGGGACAAAAUUUUCAAACUAAUAAUUGUCAAAGAAGAUGAAAGUACAAGUCCAAAGUCACAUUGGGUCAAAAACACAUUCACUAAACGAACAUACUUUGCCAAACGGUUAAAUUGCUAGUUUUAAUUUACUUUUUUAUUUUUGGAAUAGUAAUUGGAGGCUUGUAUUAGUACAUAAUCAUAAAUUGUUUAGACUUUUUUUUUUCUUUUCGAUUUCCUUCAUACUCCCACUCCUGUAAAACUCCAUCUGUUGUCGUUUCUCAGCAAACAGCUUCAUGCUCAUAUUUUCUGCCACAUCCAAUGUUUCUAUUUUUCUAGCGACAGGGGAGGAAAUGACGUAGCUGCAAUACCAGUGAGGAAACACUCACUCUCGGGCUCGGAUGGCUUAGUGAUUGUGGCUCCCCCCUUUCCAGGUUACGGCUACCCAGGAUUUACACAAGUAACGCCACAGUACAUUCCCUAUGAUCCCACGUUGGGAUUACCCUCGGACAAAUCUCUGGUAGGUUGGAAAGUGUGUGUUGUGUCUGACGGUGGUCGGUGGUGUGUGACAGUGGGAGGUGAUGUCUGCCAGUGGGAUGCGUUGUCAAACCGUGACAGGUGGUGUCAGACAGUGACGGUCGGUGUCUGAUAUCAACAAGUGAUGUCUGACAACACCGGGUAACAGGUUUUGUCUGAAAGUGACCGGUGACGCCUGUCACAUCUGUCCUAAUUGGAAGUGUGCCGUCUGACAUAUUUGGCCAGAUGGAAAUGUGGUGCAUUCAUUUUGAGCCAAAUUGAAAAUGAGGUUUCUGAAAAUGGAGGAGCUAUUGAAGGCAAGGUGUAUGACAUACUGGGCCAAAUUUGAAGUUCUGAAGUGUAGUUUGUUGCAUAUUUGGCCAGAUCCGGAGAGUGGUGUCUGACAUAAUUGGCCAGGACGUACCUGUGAUGUCUGAUAUAUGAGGCGAAAUUGGAAGUUUAGGGGUCUGACAUUUUUAGUAACUGAUAUCAAGGGAAAUGAACACCUGAAACUGAGGCACCAUGCCCAGCGGGGGGGGGGGGGGGGGGGGGGGGGGGGGGGGGGGGGGGUUAGCGGUUUUCUGGUAAGAGUCAGUUGCAGAAUUAAUAUCUAUCAGGAGAUCAAGAAGUGCUCCCUCAUACUCAUCAAAAUAUUGGACCAUUUGCAGUCGUACAAGUCACUUAGGGGUCGUCCAUAAAGUAUGUCAUACUCGGGGAGGGGGGUGUGCUAAAAAGGUGUGACAGUUGGUGACACGAGGGGUGGGUGGUUAGAUCAUAUUAUUUAUCAUACAUAUAAAAAGCUGAAAUUGAAAAGGGAUGUUUAACUUUCUGUUGUGCUGGAUGUAUUCUGACAGAAGAUGUCACUUGGUAAUGUCUUAUUUUAAUGGUCAAUUGUGUUUGAGAUUAAUUUUUAAUUAGCUGUUAAUGUUUUAAAUUAUUUUUUUUAAAGUGUGACGUAUUCGAAUUUGUGACAAAUUGUAAUGGGGGGGGGGGGGGGUAAAAAUAUGGUCAAAAAUAGCCUGAAGUACUUUAUGGACGGCCCCUGGGUCCCUUUCUCAGUCUUAUUUUAAUGGUCAAUUGUGUUUGAGAUUAAUUUUUAAUUAGCUGUUAAUGUUUUAAAUUAUUUUUUUUAAAGUGUGACGUAUUCGAAUUUGUGACAAAUUGUAAUGGGGGGGGGGGAGGUAAAAAUAUGGUCAAAAAUAGCCUGAAGUACUUUAUGGACGGCCCCUGGGUCCCUUUCUCACAUAGACAAUUUUAAGCAACCAAGAGCAAACAAAUAAGAAUACUACUCUUCUUGUAAUAAAGUUUGUGAACUAAUUAAUUUUCACUGUUAUUGACUAGCAUAAUUUUAGCAAGAAAAUAACUUGCUUUAAACACGUGACUUCAAAUCUGUAAUCUAAGUAUCACGUCUGACAUGCGAUCAAAUAACCGAGCGUGCUUUAUGGACGCUGUGGUGAUGAUGGCGUAACAGCUUAGGCAUUGGAAUUAUCCUGGGCAGUGGAUUCGGCACCCUGGACAUGUCCAAACCCAAAAUCUGACACCAGGACAGAAAAUUUUGAGUAGGAAAAAAAACAAGAAAUCAGUUGAGUGCAGGGUCCCCCAAGAAAAUGUUAUGCCAGGGGCCCUAAACAAGCUUGAUUCCCCCUGCUGUCGCUUGAAUUCCCUCCUUAGCUGAAAAUGGCUAACGCCUAACGUAUACUGUAGAUGAAGGCGCUCAUUUAAGCCCCACCCCACCCAACCGAUGUCUUUCAAGUAAAAACACAUUUUAAAAAAUCAAUAAUGUAUUACAUGACACUAUCAAUAUAUAGCUCAUCUUCUCCCCCCCCCCCUUUUUCUACCCUCAUUUCACCUGUCAAACAGAGACGCCGUCAUGACAGCAGGAAUCCAUACGAAAAUCUCCAGCACCUGAGGAUGAGGCAUUUCAUCAUCUUCACGGCCAUUUUGUUCCUGGUGGCCCUGAUCGUCGUCAUCUUCAUAGCCGUCUACUUCGGACACGGGUUUGAGCCCAAAUCAAACACUUAGCCUUCACUUGUGUAAGAAAGUCUCUAUAUGUAUAUCAACACGCAUACACAUGUAACAAAUAAGCUUACUUCUGUAUUUUAUAAAUGAAACGUGUUACGCCAUCGGUUUAGUGAAUGCAGCUGCACACGCCGAUCGCACGCGGCUUUAAAGUCUUGCACUUGUGCCACCACAGUGCACGCUUGUUCAUCAUCAUAUGGUUUUAAGAGUGUAGUUUGAAAUUCAUUUUGUAAACUGUUUGAAGAAAAUCCCUGAGGAUGUUGAUUCAUGUAUAGAGUUAAAAAGAAGAGCUUCUUUUUAGUACUAAAACCUUCAUGUCUAAGGGUUCCCACAAGGGUGUCGGUGCAGAGGCGUAGCGAGGGUGUUUGGCGCCCGGGGACAAGAUUCGCGCCCGGGGACAAGCUCAAUUUUAAAGCGCCCCCUUUUCUUUUUUUUUUCAACUCUCAAACCCAUUAUUUUUACCAAUAAUAUAAUAUCAAAGCACAUUUUGGCGCCCCUAUCUAGCCCCCCCCCCUGAGCCCUCCACUUCGCUACGCCUCUGUGUAGGUGACGUGACCGUGAAUGUGAAAUAGUCUGGUAUUUUAAAAUAUUUUUUUUUUAUCGAACGCUGUUAUUUCUUUUUUUUUUCAACUCUCAAACCCAUUAUUUUUACCAAUAAUAUAAUAUCAAAGCCCAUUUUGGCGCCCCCAUCUAGCCCCCCCCCCUGAGCCCUCCACUUCGCUACGCCUCUGUGUAGGUGACGUGACCGUGAAUGUGAAAUAGUCUGGUAUUUUAAAAUAUUUUUUUUUAUCGAACGCUGUUGUGCUGAAUUUAACCUAGAUGGGUGUGAUGUAUGAAGAUCGUGCAAUGCAUGAUGGAACCUGAUACAGUUAACUCACUUCCUAGUGUUAAUUCUUAUAAUGAAUGAAAAUCUUAAUUAAGCUGCUUUAAUACCAUGAGGUAUCAAAUCAGUGAUCCUCAACUCAUGGCUUGAUGGAACUGUUCAGCCAAUAUAGCCCUUUUAUAAAACAAAAAUUGUGGGAAUCUCUGGUCUAAACAGUUGGACAUGAUCAACAGACCGUGACACAUUGAGAGCGCUAUCAUAAGU